AUGCGGACGAAGAGCGCUCGUUUGGGGGUCGCGGAGCGCCGGCGCGUGUCCGGCGCUGCACUUUUCCACCUGGCGGUCCUUGCCGUCAACAGCUUCCACCAUGCACUGGGUGAUCAUGACAGUGUAAGAACGACCAUCCAAAAUACAAGCAGCCAGGAUCUGGAUUUGGAGCUGUUGGACAGUAUGCGUCCUUUACGUCGCACAAAAAGGAGAUGGGUUAUUACCACUCUGAAAGUUAAGGAGGAAGACAAAGGGCCAUUCCCGAAAUUUAUUGGAGAGCUCUUCAAUGAUGUAGCACAGAAUUUACCUAUAAAAUAUUUAAUAAGUGGACCCGGUGUGGAUGAAUAUCCUGAGGCUGGACUAUUUACUAUUGAGGAUAAUACCAAUGGAAAAAUAUGUGUGCAUCGUUCCAUUGAUCGAGAGAAAACCCCCUCUUUUAAGGUACGUUUUGAUGUUGCAAAUGUAAAUACUGAUGAAAUAGUGGACCGAUCUCUAAUCUUCCAUAUUAAAGUUCAAGAUAUAAAUGAUAAUGCACCAGAAUUCCCCAAGAAGGAAAUUAACAUCACUAUGAAAGAAAAUCACAACAAAGAUGAACCAGUUUUCAAUGUUACGGCUUUUGACAAGGAUGAAGAAGGCAAUCCAAAUUCUCAAGUGACGUAUUAUCUGGUUUCUCAGACACCACGUCCAAAACAACCUGUCUUCAGUGUGGAUUCUUCCAGUGGCCUGAUACGUGUUACAGGAUGUUCAAAUUAUGAGACUGAUAGAGCUUUCAGACUUCUGAUCAAGGCUACAGACCAUGGAGAUCCACAACUGUCAUCAACAGCAACAGUUAAUAUUGCUGUAGAAGAUUCCAACAACAAUCUGCCUAAAUUUACCCAGGAAAAUUAUAACCUUUAUGCCCCAGAAGGCCAAACGCAAAAUGGAAGCCUACGCCUCCAGGUGCAAGACAAGGAUUCCCCCAACACGCCUGCUUGGAGAGCCAAAUAUAAGAUCGUGAGGGGAAAUGAAAGAGACAAUUUUGCCAUUGCAACAGAUCCUGCUACCAACGAAGGGGUUUUAAGCAUCAUAAAGCCUUUGGUCUAUGACGGCACCUCUGGGAGGAGACUUCUCAUUUCUGUGGAGAAUGAAGAGCCCUUCUUCAAAUGUGAAGGAGGUUUGUUGCCGAGGGCUCCUUCCAUUGUCUACUCCCAAGCAUCUGUGAACGUUAAUGUCAUCGACAGAAAUGUCGCUCCUCAGUUUGAUCCUCCUACCCUUGUUCUUCGGAAAGAGGAAGGGGUGCUGCCUGGAACCAAGAUUGUACAAUAUACCACCAGGGAUCCAGACAUACCACCACAAACCAUCAGAUACAAAGUAGCUUCUGACCCCAAGGGCUGGGUGGCUGUUGAUGAAAACUCUGGGAUUGUGACAGCUGUGAAAACGUUUGACGUGGAAUCUCUUCCUGUGAACAACAGCGUAUACACCAUUGUGAUUCACGGCACGGACAAUGGUGUUCCACCGCAAACCGGCACAGGCACCAUCCAACUUCACCUGAUUGACAUUAAUGACAAUGCUCCAGUGUUAGUUACACCGUCUUUGGUGAUCUGUGAAGGAAAAGGAAACAGCCCUUUCAUUAUAAAAGCAGAAGAUAAAGAUUCCUACCCAUAUGGAGGGCCCUUUACGUUCGAGCUAGUAAAAGCCUUGGGAAAUAUGGAAAGUUCUUGGAAACUGGGAAAGAACUUUGGUGACUCGGUUGAGCUCUUUAUGUUAAGAAGCCUCCCUCCUGGCAGUUAUUCAGUGCCGUUCCAAAUUUGGGAUAAGCAGGGGCUUUCCAGCAAGCAGAACCUGCAGGUCACGGUGUGUCGCUGCCUGGAUGGGAUCUCAUGUGGGCUUGAGAAGAUGGCCUUAGGGUCAGUGGGUCUUGGAGGGGGAGCGGUCGGUGCAAUCCUGGCUGCGUUCCUGUUACUGAUAUUGGCAGUAUGUCUCCUACUAUGGUGUUCCUCCACCUUGGAAACAGAGAAGAGGGCCACCUCCUUUCCAGAUGAAGAAGGCAUCCAGACUCUGAAGACCUACAAUGAGGAGAGCCAACCCGUUUUGUCUCAGGACAUGCCUGAUGCGUGGAAUGAUGCAACCCUACCCACAAUAAAGGUAGUGAUGGUGAAAAAAACCCCACAGCUUGAUGAGAAGGCAAUGAGAGAGACUGACUCACGUUCAUGGGCAUCCAGUCAAGUGUGCAAUGGACAAAACACCUCUACAAAGCCAGCAAAGGACAACCACCAUCCGAAUGGAAAAAUGGUGCUACCCCAGGUCAUCUCGCAAGACUACCAGCCUUUCCCCCACUGGGAUCAGAGAUGUGAUCAUGCGAUCGACCAAGAAGACAUGGUGUCUUACCCACCUCAUGUUUAUGCAGAGGAGGGAAGGAUAGAGGAAAGUAAAUCCUUAUGGUCCCUACCCGUUGUCAGUGAUGGCAACAACAGCCUCCCUCCUGACUUCUUGGAUACACUGGGACCCAGUUUUACCACCCUUGGAAAAAUCUGCGCCAUGGAAUUUGAUGACGCUCACUCCUGA